CUCUCCUUUUGGUUUCAACCGGCGUGGGAAGUAGUGUGACUGGCUUCUGAAGCGGUUAAAAGAUUAUCAUUCUCCCCUGAGAAAAACACAACCAGCAUGGACUCUUCACUGACUGCUGUACAGAUCCGUGAGAAGUUCAUCGACUUCUUUCGCCGCUAUGAUCACCAAUACGUCCACUCGUCGUCCACCAUUCCGCUUGAUGACCCCACUCUGCUCUUCGCCAAUGCCGGGAUGAACCAGUUCAAGCCCAUCUUCCUGAACACCAUCGACCCGUCCCACCCUAUGGCCAGACUUCGUCGUGCUGCAAACACACAGAAGUGCAUUCGUGCCGGCGGCAAACACAAUGACCUUGAUGAUGUGGGCAAAGACGUGUACCAUCAUACUUUCUUCGAGAUGUUGGGCUCUUGGUCCUUUGGAGAUUAUUUCAAACACCUGGCCUGCAAGAUGGCACUGGAGCUGCUGACGCAAGAGUUUGGCAUACCUAUUGGCCGACUCUAUGUGACUUAUUUUGGUGGUAAUGCUGAUGCAGGCCUGGAGCCUGACCUGGAGUGCAAGCAGAUCUGGCUGGACUUGGGAAUGGAGGAGAGCCGUAUUCUGCCGGGGAGUAUGAAAGAUAAUUUCUGGGAGAUGGGAGACACCGGUCCAUGUGGACCCUGCAGCGAGAUCCACUAUGAUCGCAUUGGCAGCAGAGAUGCCGCCCACCUGGUCAACAUGGAUGACCCGAAUGUGCUUGAAAUCUGGAACCUGGUGUUCAUUCAGUUUAACAGAGAGUCUGAGACUGUGCUAAAGCCUCUGCCCAAGAAGAGCAUUGACACAGGGAUGGGACUGGAGCGCUUGGUCUCUGUGCUGCAAAACAAGAUGUCCAACUACGACACAGACCUGUUCAUCCCUUAUUUUGAAGCCAUUCAGAAGGGCACAGGUGCCAGGGCAUACAGAGGAAAGGUUGGCGCAGAAGACACCGAUGGUAUUGACAUGGCAUACCGUGUCCUGGCUGAUCACGCCCGCACCAUUACCAUUGCCUUGUCUGAUGGUGGCAGGCCUGACAACACAGGCAGGGGCUAUGUGCUGAGGAGGAUUCUGCGUCGUGCUGUGCGAUACUCUCACGAGAAGCUGGGGGCACAGAAGGGCUUCUUUGCCUCUUUAGUAGAUGUGGUGGUUGAGUCUCUGGGUGAUGCUUUCCCAGAGCUGCGGAAGGAUCCUGAUAUGGUAAAGGACAUCAUCAAUGAGGAGGAGGCACAGUUCCUCAAGACCCUUAGCAGGGGACGCCGCAUCCUGGACCGCAAGGUCCAGAGUCUUGGAGACAGCAAGACUAUACCAGGUGACACAGCUUGGCUUCUGUAUGACACUUACGGUUUUCCUCUGGACCUCACGGCCCUGAUUGCUGAAGAAAGAGGAAUGGGAGUGGACAUGCAGGCCUCUGAGGACGAGAAGAAAGCUGCUCAGUUGAAGUCUCAGGGCAAAGGCUCUGGGGACGAGGACCACAUCAUGCUGGACAUCUACGCCAUUGAAGAGCUCAGAAACAAUGGUGUCGCUGCUACUGACGACAACCCCAAGUACAAGUACACUUCAGAUGAUAACGGCAACUAUGAGUUUGAACAGGCAGUGGGCACAGUGCUGGCUCUCAGGAGGGAGCGUGCAUUUGUUGAUGAGGUGACCACAGGUCAAGAGUGUGGAGUGCUGCUCGACAAAACCUCUUUCUAUGCCGAGCAGGGUGGCCAGAGCUUCGAUGAAGGCUACAUGCUCCGAGAAAACGACUCUGCUGAGGAUAGGAUGGAGUUCACUGUGAAGAACACUCAGGUGCGUGGAGGAUACGUGCUGCAUAUUGGAACAGUAUACGGCUCACUGAAGGUUGGAGACCGCCUAACUCUGCAUGUGGAUGAGGCUCGUCGUAGGCCCAUCAUGAGCAACCAUACCGCCACACACAUCCUUAACUUUGCCUUGCGUUCAGUGCUGGGAGAGGCAGAUCAACGGGGCUCUUUGGUUGCUCCAGACAGAUUGCGCUUUGACUUCACAGCUAAAGGAGCCAUGACCACAGAUGAAGUGCGGCACACAGAAGAGAACGCCUCAACCAUGAUUCGUGACGCCAAGCCGGUCUAUGCCCUGGAUGCCCCCCUUGCAGCAGCUAAAGCCAUCCAGGGUCUGCGGGCAGUGUUCGAUGAGACGUACCCUGAUCCUGUUAGAGUGGUGUCUAUUGGCGUCCCAGUGGAGGAGCUGCUGGCUGAUCCAAACAGUCCUGCAGGCUCACUCACCUCCAUCGAGUUCUGUGGUGGAACGCACUUGAAGAACUCAGGUCAUGCUGCACCAUUUGUGAUCGUAUCAGAGGAAGCGAUCGCUAAAGGAAUCAGGAGGAUUGUGGCAGUGACUGGAGCAGAGGCUCAGAAGGCCCAGAGGAAAGCUGAUGCACUGAAGCUGGAACUAGAUGCAAUGGCAGAGAAAGUGAAAGCUCAGACCACCCCCAAUAAAGAUAUUCAGAAGGAGAUUGCUGAUAUGACAGAGUCCCUGGGCACUGCAGUCAUCUCUCAGUGGCGGAAGGAUGAGAUGAGGGAUUCCCUGAAAGGUCUUAAGAAGAUCAUGGAUGACCUGGACCGUGCCAGCAAGGCUGAUGUACAGAAGAGGGUCCUGGAAAAGACAAAGGAGAUCAUCGAAAGUAACCCCAACCAACCUCUGAUCGUGAUGGAGAUGGAGAAUGGAGCAUCUGCAAAGGCUUUGAAUGAGUCUCUGAAGCUGCUGAAGACAAAUUCACCACAGACUGCUGCUAUGCUUUUUGCUGUGGACAACGAUGCGGGGAAAAUUAUCUGCUUGUGCCAAGUGCCUCAGGAUGUUGCAAACCAAGGCCUGAAGGCCAGCGAGUGGGUUCAGAAAGUGUGCCCUCUGCUGGACGGAAAAGGAGGUGGUAAAGACAUGUCUGCCCAAGCCACGGGUAGAAACACGCAUUGCAUUCAGGAGGCUCUGCAGCUGGCCAAUGAGUUUGCCCAUCUCAAAUUGGGUGAAAAUUAAGGAGAGAGAGAGAGAUGUAGCUGCGUAGGUGAGGUUUAAUCUGGAAAGAGGUCUUUAGUUUGGUCUUAACCUUCCUCCUGUCCUGUUCCAACUCUGCCUGAUGAUUUUUUUAAACUGGACAUUCCAGGCUGGAAAAUGUAAUAACUGUACAUAAAUGUCAUUUGUGAAUUAUGGAUAGGAAGGGGAAUGUAUAGCGGCGCGUUCAGUAAAUUGGGGUAUUGCAGAUGGUUCAACUUAUCCAUCAAACCGUCCUGACUCUCUGAUGCACAUGGGCUGUGCAUGCUUUCUGAUCGGAUUACAUUUAGAUUCACAGUUUAAUGUUGUUCUGCUAGCUCAAAUCACCCUCAUGGCCAUUGUUAUCUUUCUGAGCAUAUGAU